UUUCGACAUGAUUUGGUGUUAGACAAUGUAAAAUAGAAAACAUUCAAUUCAAAUUCAAAAAGGAGUUAAAAGGAUUUAUGGCUCUUACAAUUGAAUUGCGCGGCACUAGUUAAGUUACAUAAAAAAAUUACAUAAAAAACUAAUUUCAAAAGGAGAAAGCUUAAUCAGUUCUCAACCAACGCCGGAGUACGAGGCACAAUAUUCGAAGCCGAAGCCGAAACAGAAGUCCGCAAUCGAAAGUUUUUCAUUAAGAGAAGUUCAUCAAAAUUCGACAAUGCGUGCUUUCUGGUUAACGCUCUCCAUUCAAGUUGCUUUGUGCUAUUGUCAGUACAUUUAUGGGCCAGAUCCCGCCUGGAAUAUACGCUCUACAAAUGAUCUCAAGAGCAAAGAAUUUUGGUUCCACGAUGCUCAACGUACGCUCUAUGAAAAGAUCUCCACUCUACCGAAUCAGUAUUUGGCCAAGAACAUAAUCUUCUUCCUUGGCGAUGGAAUGUCUGUGCCCACUGUAACAGCCGCCCGCAUUUAUGAUGGCCAAUCGAAAGGCAUUGUAGGGGAACGAAAUCGUUUGGAGUUUGAACAAUUUAACUACGUUGGAUUGUCAAAGACUUACUGCGUAGACAAACAAGUUUCUGAUUCGGCCGCCACUGCCUCUGCAUACCUGUCCGGCAUAAAGGCUAAUUAUAUGACAAUCGGUGUUUCAGCAGAUGUAAAGUUCAAUGACUGUGGAGCAGCCAAGUUACCCAAGAAUCAUCUCUCCUCAAUUGCGGCUUGGGCGAUGCGUGGGCGUAAAUCUGCGGGAUUGGUAACGACAACUCGUGUCACCCACGCCAGUCCAGCUGGAGUUUAUGCCCACACCUCGAAUCGUGACUUUGAAAGUGAUUUUGAUGUUAAGGAUCUUGGACACGAUCCCAAUAACUGUCCAGACAUAGCGCAGCAACUAUUGAACGAAGUGGGUCAAGGCUUGAAAGUCGUCCUGGGCGGAGGCACUAAGAAAUUUCUGCCCAAUACAGAAAAGGAUUUGUACGGCAACGUGGGCGAGCGUUUAGAUGGACGCAAUCUGAUAAAUGAAUGGCAACAAAGCAAAUCAGGCAAUGCGCGAGUUGUGUUCAAUCGCACGGAUUUGCUGAGCAUCAAUCCUUACAAUACGGACUACUUAUUAGGCUUAUUCAAUGCAUCUCAUAUGUCAUAUAACCUGGACCAUAGCAUUGAUAGUCCGACGCUCGAGGAAAUGACGGAAACUGCAAUUAAAAUUUUGUCUGGGAAUCCAGCUGGAUACUUUCUGUUUGUCGAAGGCGGUCGCAUCGAUCAUGCCCACCACGAGACCAAAGCCAAGAAAGCCAUGGACGAAACUGUGCAAUUCUCAAACGCUGUCAAGAAAGCAAGACAGUUAACCAAUCCUUGGGAAACUUUAAUCGUAGUCACCGCAGAUCAUGGACAUACUAUGACCAUUAACGGAUAUCCCGAUAUAAACAACGUGAUAACUGGUCUUAAUUCGGAAUUAAGUGACGUCGACAAAUUACCUUACGCCACUUUAUCCUACGCCAACGGCCCACAAAUGAAUCUCUUUUAUAAAUCGGAAAAUAGCACAGUUAAACGCGUUGAUCUCCGCACUCUAAAUAUUGGUGAUAAGGACGCAAGGUAUCCACAUGCCGUGCCUUAUUCCGAGGAAACUCACGGAGGUGGUGAUGUUGCAGUUUAUGCUAAUGGUAAUAAUAAAAAUAAUAACAACUAUGAUAAGCAAAACUAUACAUUUAAUUAUGUCUUAUAUAAUUCUGUUUUAGGUCCCUGGUCUCAUCUGUUUAGCGGCGUUUACGAACAGAACGCAAUACCCCAUCUAAUGGGUUUCGCUUCAUGCAUUGGUCCUGGCAUCACAUAUUGCGACCUGAGGCCUAAGAAAGCUUACAAUCCAUAAAAGAAUUAUUAAGUUACUAACUGCC